CCAUCGUUUGGCAUUUCAUAUAGGUAGUAAUUACUGAGGUUGAACUUUGCCGGACCUAUCAGGUUUUGAGCAACUUAAACCUAUAUACAUAGGGGUUAUACGUAGAUUCGCGCAGAAAGCAAGAUGGACGGUGUUCGUAUGACACGUAGCAGGGCCAAGGCUCUUGGUGCAACGCCAAUCACUGGCCUGCCCGCCAAGACGCCGGAUGUUAAGACAACGACUAGGAGGGGCCGUAAGGCUGCCGCUCCAGUUGUGCAGGAACCUUCACCAGAGAAGAAGCAGCUCGACUUUGGCGAAGCCGCCCCUGAACCUGAGGCGCAGGUGGAAACCGAGAAGCAACCAGUCGAGCCCUCCCCUGGGAAGCUUGCCCAAAUAGACUCUGGUGUACAGCUGGUUCUUGAGAACUCUGACGUUCAACUUCCGGCUCAGGGCGCCGAUGCUUUCCAGCCAGCAGAUGAGAGGCCCCAGCAGGAGACGCAUGACAACCCGUCGGUCCUCAUGGCUUCACCUAUAGUGACACAGCCCGCCGCUCAAGCUGCCGCCGACACCGCUGAUGAGCCUCCAUCUGCCUUCAACUCAAGCCACGCUGCCGCUGCUGUCGACCCCCAGCCCAUCGCCGCAAGUCCUCAGCCGAUCGCCAUGAGCCCCCAGCCCAUCGCCAUGAGCCCCCAACCCAUCGCCAUGAGCCCCCAGCCCAUCGCCAUGAGCCCCCAGCCCAUGGCCAUGAGCCCCGCGCCCGUCUCCAUGAACCCCCAGCCCAUCGCUGCAAGCCCUCAACCGGUUGCCAUGAGCCCUCAGCCUGUCGCGGCGAGCCCUCAGCCCAUGGCAAUGAGCCCCGCGCCCGUCGCCAUGAGCCCUCAACCCAUCGCCGCAAGCCCCCAGCCUGUCGCCGAGAGUCCGCAGCCCAUGGCCAUGAGCCCCGCGCCCGUCGCCAUGAGCCCUCAGCCCAUCGCCAUGAGCCCUCAGCCCAUCGCCAUGAGCCCUCAGCCCAUCGCCAUGAGCCCUCAGCCUGUCGCCAUGAGCCCGCAGCCUGUCGCCGCGACCCCUCAACCCAUCGCAAUGAGCCCCCAACCCAUCGCCGCAAGCCCGCAGGGCUUCAUUGUCGACCACGACAUCCCUGCACCAUCACCUGCGCCCGGAGCCGCUGUCGUUGAUGCCAGUCCACGCCCGAUGGGUACGCCUCUAAGCUUUACGUCUGAUGCGCCUCACGGCGUACCUGCGGCCCAGCCAAUGGCCGCCAGCAUGCCGGCAACCCCGUUGUCGCUGACGUCGAGCCUUGCUGAGGCCGUGGAGCAGGCGCAGUUUUCGCCCAUGCCUGACGACCUUGCUGAUAGCCCCAUUAGCCUGUCUGGCGGCACUGGUCUGUCGCCGCAGCUUACGCCGCAGCAGCCGCAACCUGUCGCGGAACAGGUUGUGGACGCUGACGACGUUACCAUGGGCGAUGCAACGCCGGCUGCGGCCAUGCCCAGCCCGUUCCCAUUCGACUCUGAGCUGCCCGCGGCAGCCGUCGCCGACCCCUCUCCGACGGCCAACUUCUUCGCGACGCCCAGCAGCGAGCCGCACGGUGCUGCUGCAGCUGGCACAUCGCGCCUUUCGGAUGCGGCCACAGGCUUCCAGGGCUUCAACGCCGUUGCGCUGUCGUCCGACGCUGCCGGGUCCCCGAGCCUCGGCAACCUGGCAGCCGGAGCCUCGUCGCCCACAAUGUUCGGUUCGGCGGCCGAUAACCUUGCGACCGACUUGGGCACGCCUGCUGUGGCUUGCAACGACACCGAGAUGGACGCCAUGGACGAGGAUGGUCCUACUGAGGUGCUGGAGCAGGGCGAGUCCGUCGCCAUGGAGGCCCCUGAUGCUGGUCAGCCGGAGAUUGCGAAGGCCGAGAGCUCCGACCCGUGUGAUGCCGUUGUGGCAGCUCCUGUCCCUUGCAGCGGGUCAGCCGUGCCCGACGCUACCCCAGGCGCCGCCAAGACACCCAGUGCACUGAAGCCGACUCCUGGCAAGAAGUACAUCCACGUCGAGUCGCGCUACAACAAGACCCCAGUCGCUUCAGCGAAGGCUUCUGCAGCUAGCAACUCGACCCCUGUCGCGCCCACCAACGCAGCGGCGGCGGGCGCAAAGUCCACGAAGCGUGUGUCCAUCCACACCCCGGAGGCCUCGCGCGGAGGCGUGGCUCUGCGGCAGGUUGUACCGACGCCGUUCCGCCCUAAGUCCGCCGUGGCAGCUCCACCUGCGCAGCCUGUCGACGUUGCCACCCAGCCGCCGGCCCCUGAGGAUGUCGCAGCAGCCGAGGAGCGCCGCGCGAAGGCAGCGGAGCGGCUCAAGGCUAUCCACGCAACGGAGAAGGCCCCUGCCGGGCCAGUCAACCGGGUGGUCACACACACGUUUGCCGUGAAGCCCGUGAAGGUCGCUGGCCAGGAGUCGCUGCGUCAGCUCAAGCGCCAGAUCAAGGAGGCGGCGAUGAAGAAGGAGGCUAAGGCUGCUGGUAUGUCAGAGGCCCGCGAGAGCAAGCUGACGCCCAAGGUGGCGGAGCGCAAGCUCCCCAUGCCCGACGACGAGGAGGACAGCGACGAGGAGGCGGAGUACGACGAGGCCCAGGAGAACGCCCUGGUCUCCGCUAUGGACAGUUUGGAGGUGGCCCCGCCCAAGGACACGGUCCCGGUUGCCCUCCGCGGCCUACCCGCACCCCAGGGCAAGCACCUUCGCUUUAACGAGGAUGGCAAGGCGUCGGAGAGCCCGC